GAUAAAUGAGCACGUGACUUCCUUACGUUGCAGUGAUCGUCCAUGAUGCAGGCCGUGCGGAAAGCUUGUUUGGGAGCCUUCAGGGCAAUAAACCCUGCAUUUUCGUUCCAUAAUGCAUAUCCUACUACUUUGAAAGCUUCUUCGGCAUACUUUACAACGCGAAAACAAUAUGCCACUGCACCGGCUGCGAAGGCUACCACCAGUAUGGGCAGAAUCGUCACUGUCAUCGGCGCUGUUGUUGAUGUACAGUUUGAUGAUGAAUUACCUCCAAUCCUGAAUGCCCUUGAGGUCCAGGAGAGAAAGCCUCGUCUCAUCCUUGAGGUUGCUCAACAUCUUGGUGAGAAUGUUGUACGUACUAUUGCUAUGGAUGGUACUGAAGGUUUAGUUCGUGGCCAGAAUUGUUUGGAUACUGGAAACCCAAUUAAGAUCCCAGUGGGCCCAGGAACACUUGGAAGAAUCAUCAAUGUGAUUGGUGAACCAAUCGAUGAAAGGGGCCCUAUUGACACUCAGCAUUUUUCUGGCAUCCAUCAAGAAGCACCAGAGUUUGUUGAGAUGAGUGUUCAACAGGAGAUCUUGGAAACUGGUAUCAAAGUUGUUGACCUUUUGGCUCCUUAUGCCAAGGGUGGUAAAAUUGGUCUGUUUGGAGGUGCUGGAGUAGGCAAAACUGUGUUGAUUAUGGAACUGAUUAACAACGUUGCCAAAGCUCAUGGUGGUUACUCAGUGUUUGCUGGUGUUGGUGAAAGGACACGUGAGGGUAAUGAUCUUUAUCAUGAAAUGAUUACGUCUGGUGUCAUCAGCUUGAAGGAUAAUACCUCUAAGGUAUCCCUUGUGUAUGGACAAAUGAAUGAACCUCCAGGAGCUCGUGCCCGUGUUGCCCUGACAGGUUUGACUGUUGCUGAAUACUUCCGUGAUGAAGAAGGGCAAGAUGUGUUGCUUUUUAUUGAUAACAUUUUCCGUUUCACCCAAGCUGGUUCAGAGGUAUCGGCUUUGUUGGGUCGUAUCCCCUCAGCUGUAGGUUACCAGCCUACUUUAGCUACUGAUAUGGGUAGCAUGCAGGAAAGAAUUACAACAACUAGAAAAGGAUCUAUCACUUCAGUACAGGCUAUUUAUGUGCCAGCUGAUGAUUUAACUGAUCCUGCUCCUGCCACCACAUUUGCCCAUUUGGACGCCACCACUGUCUUGUCUCGGGGUAUUGCUGAGUUGGCUAUUUAUCCUGCUGUAGAUCCUCUAGAUUCCAGUUCUCGUAUUUUGGAUCCCAAUGUUGUUGGUACUGAGCACUACGAAAUUGCUCGUAAAGUCCAACAAAUUCUUCAGAAUUACAAGUCUUUGCAAGAUAUCAUUGCUAUUUUGGGUAUGGAUGAAUUGUCUGAAGAUGAUAAGCUUACUGUGUCUCGUGCCAGAAAGAUCCAAAAGUUUUUGUCACAGCCCUUCCAAGUGGCUGAGGUCUUUACUGGUUAUUCAGGAAUCUACGUACCCUUAGCUGAUACAAUUAAAGGAUUCAAUUCAGUUCUCAAAGGUGAACAAGAUCAUCUACCAGAAGUUGCUUUUUACAUGACUGGUGAUCUCACUCAAGUUAUUGCCAAGGCUGAGAAAUUGGCUGAAGAGCAAUCAUGAAAAGUAUAGUUCAUUAACAAAUGUUUCUUGGAGCAGUUUAUUUUACCAGUUCACCUACUGUAGAUAUUCAUUUGAGGUAAUAAAUGGUAACUUUUGA